UGAACGGAAGUUAUUUCUGUGUCGUCGAGCUGCUGGUGUAAAGGUUCUGGAAUAUAUUUGAUGGUUUCAGAAGAGCAAUGACCUGCCAACACCUUCUCUUAUUUUUAUUCCUCUCUGGCUUUGCUGCGCUCUGUGUUGCAGAGAUAUGUAAAACCGAUCUACUCGAGGGAACGUCCUGCACCUUUAAGCUGAAAACAGAAAACACUGACAAAUCUUAUGAGAUCAAAUGGAUCCAUCUCUCUAGUGAUGCUGUGGUUCACAGGAAAAAUGGGAGGAUUAAGAAACCAAUUCCAGGUCUAAGAAUGGAAGAAGAUGGAUCAUUAACAUUUGAAAGUGUUAGUCUGAAGAACACCGGCAGAUAUACAUACACUGUUUUUAAUGAUGUAGGUACACAGCUUGAUGCUGGAGAAAAGGAAAUUAAAGUUUAUGCAAAGGCUCCUAAACCUACUGUGAAUAUCAACUGCACAGAUGGGAUCGCUACACUCACCUGUGACUUUAGACACCGUACAGAUCUGACUGUAUCCUGGUAUAAAGAAGACAAUAUCAUCCAGAAUGAAAACAACCCAAACCUGCUCUUGACAUCUGCUCAAGUACAGGAGAAUAAACCGUACUCAUGCAGUGUGAGCAAUCCUGUCAGCAAAGAGCAAAGUGACAGCAUAACAGUAUCAUCUGCAGAGAUAUAUAAAACAGAUCUACUCGAGGGAACGUCCUGCACCAUCAAGCUUCCAACAAAAAACACUGACAAAUCUAAUGAGAUCAAAUGGGUCCAUCUCUCUAGUGAUGCUGUGGUUCACAGGAAAAAUGGGAAGAUCAGGACAAACACUCCAGGUCUAACAAUAGAAGAAGAUGGAUCAUUAACAUUUGAAAGUGUUAGUCUGAAGAACACCGGCAGAUAUACAUACAUUGUUUUUAAUGAUGUAGGUACAAAGAUUGAUGCUGGAGAAAAGGAAAUUAAAGUUUAUGCAAAGGCUCCUAAACCUACUGUGAAGAUCAACUGCACAGAUGGGAUCACUACACUCACCUGUGACUUUGGAGACCGUACAGAUCUGACUGUAUCCUGGUAUAAAGAAGACAAUAUCAUCCAGAAUGAAAACAACCCAAACCUGCUCUUGACAUCUGCUCAAGUACAGGAGAAUAAACCGUACUCCUGCAGUGUGAGCAAUCCUGUCAGCAAAGAGCAAAGUGACAGCAUAACAGUAUCAUUUUCAGAGAUAUGUAAAACAGAACUACUCGAGGGAACGUCCUGCACCAUCAAGCUUCCAACAAAAAACACUGACAAAUCUAAUGAGAUCAAAUGGGUCCAUCUCUCUGGUGAUGCUGUGGUUCACAGGAAAGGUGGGAAGAUCAGGACAAACACUCCAGGUCUAACAAUAGAAGAAGAUGGAUCAUUAACAUUUGAAAGUGUUAGUCUGAAGAACACCGGCAGAUAUACAUACAUUGUUUUUAAUGCUGAAGGUACACAGAUUGAUGCUGGAGGAAAGGAAAUUAAAGUUUAUGCAAAGGCUCCUAAACCUACUGUGAAGAUCAACUGCACAGAUGGGAUCACUACACUCACCUGUGACUUUAGACACCGUACAGAUCUGACUGUAUCCUGGUAUAAAGAAGACAAUAUCAUCCAGAAUGAAAACAACCCAAACCUGCUCUUGACGUCUGCUCAAGCACAGGAGAAUAAACCGUACUCCUGCAGUGUGAGCAAUCCUGUCAGCAAAGAGCAAAGUGACAGCAUAACAGUAUCAUUUUCAGAGAUAUGUAAAACAGAACUACUCGAGGGAACGUCCUGCACCAUCAAGCUUCCAACAAAAAACACUGACAAAUCUAAUGAGAUCAAAUGGGUCCAUCUCUCUGGUGAUGCUGUGGUUCACAGGAAAGGUGGGAAGAUCAGGACAAACACUCCAGGUCUAACAAUAGAAGAAGAUGGAUCAUUAACAUUUGAAAGUGUUAGUCUGAAGAACAGCGGCAGAUAUACAUACACCGUUUUUAAUAAUGAAGGUACACAGAUUGAUGCUGGAGAAAAGGAAAUUAAAGUUUAUGCAAAGGCUCCUAAACCUACUGUGAAGAUCAACUGCACAGAUGGGAUCACUACACUCACCUGUGACUUUGGAGACCGUACAGAUCUGACUGUAUCCUGGUAUAAAGAAGACAAUAUCAUCCAGAAUGAAAACAACCCAAACCUGCUCUUGACAUCUGCUCAAGUACAGGAGAAUAAACCGUACUCCUGCAGUGUGAGCAAUCCUGUCAGCAAAGAGCAAAGUGACAGGAGAAGAGUAUCACGUUUUACAGGUACUACAGUUAAAAGUGAACUGGAUCCUACAACUAAAGUUGUCCCAGUUCCUCGUACAUUCUUUGGCUUUGAUUUCUGGAUAAUGGUGAGCAUUUUAGCAAGUUCAGGAGCCCUUCUGCUGCUGCUGCUAUGUGUUCUUAUCAUCUGUGCAUGUCGAAGCUGUAGCCAAAGCAAGCAGCACCAAAAAGAUGAGAAGGAGUUCAGACUGAGGAAUCUUGAAGCUCCAGCUCCUACCAAAACAGAUUCAAACACAGUGGAAACAUCUGAUUACAACUGACAACUUAAGUGUUCAUACUUCUAUAAUCUAAGCUCUGCGGACCCAGAUAUGGGUCCAAAAUCGCCUUAAAAAUGUUUAUAAUUCAUUUACAUAGCAUUCCUUUUAUGGUAUCAGCCCCUUAUAUGGGUUUAUUUGAAAGCUUAGAGUCUCUUCUUUACAAAGAAUACCAUAACUCUUGGUUAUGAUACAUAAAGAAGGAAAAUUAAGCUUAGAAAUGUAUUCGUCCCACAUACGAAUUUCCACCUAACGACUGCAAAUAAUUUUUCCUAAGAAUCUGUAUUUUAUAUAUUGUUCACAAAACAGUCAAGAUAUUUAUCACAAGAAAGCUCUCAGAAAUUCUCAGGAAUUCGACAGAUCAAAGAUCUAAUUUGAUCACAGAUCAAAUGAUUAGAUUAUGAUCUCUACUUUCAAAUGAGACCAUUUUCACAUUUCUGCGUGCUUCCAUUGCUGAGAUAUAUGGUGUUUUGUCCAGACACACACCAGGAAAAAAUACACUCUUUUUGCUCUUACCUUUUACAACUCUGUGCUGCCCAGUGGACUGCAGUUGGUCAUAUUACAUGUCAGUAAUAGCAAUCUAUGAAUGUGGCUAUGAAUAUUUGGCAUAUGGCCAAACAUUACAAUUUAAUGGAUUUAAACAUUGUUUAAUUAUACUGUAAAUACCUCUACAGA